AUGGAACCUUUGGAAGAAGGUCAAAUACUGCAAGAUGACUCCGUUCAUGGAGGCCAUUACGAUCCAGCUUUUGAAUGGCCUGGAGAUGGUUCCAACGGAGUUGAUAUACUGUACCCGGCGCCUCAAGAACCGUCUACAUCUGUGCAAGGGUUGAAACGUGGACACCCAGCCUUCCGCCUCGUUGUGUGGCGGUCUUCCAUCCUCCCUGCGAAGCACAAGGUCGCUGUCCUUGAUGGCUACGCGGAGGUACAGCUGGGCCGCGACUUGCAGCCGGAAGGCUCUGGAACACCUCGUAUACGCCUCAAGGAAAUGGAAGUGUCGAAGCUUCAUGCAACAACAUACUGGGACGGGGCAAGGAAGGAAUGGAACGUCGUUGAUAUGGGCUCAAAACACGGGACGUUUCUCCAUCCCGGACCCGUUUCUCCUGAUUCGGACGACCUUGGCGGACGACUGUCUCCCUCUCGAACUGCGAGCGUUCCGCGGCGUUUGCGACACUCGGAUCGUUUAUCAAUCGGUGGGACGAUAUUCGUUGUUCAUAUACAUGAGGACCAACGGCCCUGCGAGGAUUGUACGAUAUCUGGGAAGGAAGGGAUCCCAUUAUUUCCUAUCCCGAAAGGCGCAAAACGAACAAGAGACUCCGCUGGACUGGAUUCAGACUCGUCAGGCUCGUCAAGAACACACAGCAAUACCGAAAGAGACCCAAAGAAAGUAUUGACCAUGCUUAGGCGUAGUCUUCUGACCCGUCACGGCGGUCCAAAAGGCGGAAGCAGCUCUGCGGCGGUUGAAACGUCCAACGAAUAUGUCGACCGCGCAGCCCGCCGAAGAUUGCUCCACACUUUAACACGCCCUUCAAGCCCCCAAUUAUCUCCCGUGUCUGUUGCGUCAGCUGGGUCGCUCCUCGCCACAGAGCAGCCGUCAGCCAAACUUCAACCUCCUGCACCAUUAACGUUAAGCAAUGUUGGCCAUCGUCUCCUUACGCAGCAGGGUUGGGCUCCUGGGAGCGCUCUGGGUAUUAGCACUCCCCAAGAGUCAUCUGAUGCCCAGAGAAUCAGUUUAGUCGACCCGCUUGAAGUGGCUUCCAACCAACAUCGUGCUGGACUAGGAAUGAAGCCAGUUUCAGCGUAUGACGCAGAAUGUCUCCACCUCGGAGCUGAUUGGAAGGAACGGGGAAAGUUGAGACGAUUUGCUUCACUCAAAUGA